CCUCGGUGUCAUAAAGCGCACAGUUCCUUGUUUUCAACAUUUGCUGCUGGAAAUGUGUCCUCCGCUCGUCAACAAGUGAGAAGUUUCAGGACGAGGGGAAUAAAAACUACACAACCAUUGAAACAAACUGCGGCGUCGUGUGAUUUUGAGCGGACUGUCAGCCACAUAACGGACCCUGCUCCUUUAUAAUGGAAGAUGGCACGAAAGAGGACACAGCCCAGCACAAAAAGCCAAAGUUCCUGAGUAAGGCUGGUUGGGUGAAGAAAGCUCACGGCAAACUGUUGACAAGCUACAAAGACCGAUACGUCCACGUGGAAAAGACAGAGGUGGUGGUGUAUGAACAUGAGGACCUGCAGAACUGCUUGGAAAGGUUUGACCUGGAAAACUAUGAAUCGUGUCACGAAUUAAAGAGCCCGUUCAAGAAAAAACACAGGCUGGUACUGAUACGCUCACCCAAGCCUGGAAAUAAGGUCCAUGAUGUAAAGUUUCAGACUCAGUCUGCUGAGGAGAAGGAGGCUUGGAUGAAAGCCCUCAGCGACUGCAUCAGUCGUGCAAAAAACAAAGUCUUUGAUGAGGUGAAGGUUGACGAAAGCAUCAAUUUAGAGCAUGUUACUCGAACAAGACCCAAAGGUAACUGUAACCGGCGGCCACCAACCAGGAUACACAUGAAGGAGGUAGCGGAUGUUUCAUGUGAUGGUAUCCUGCGUUUGGACCUUGAUCUGGAGGAUGCAGUGAUGCCUAAUGGGACCCACCGUGCCAAUACAGAUGGCACUGAGACCACUAAGGGAGCUCAAACAGAUGCUGGCAAAGUUUCAGGGAAUCCAUUAGUGCCAGUUGUUGAGGAGGAUGCUCAGGCUGAACCAGAAGCCCCUACCCAGAAGAAAGCCAUCAAACCACCUAUGCCACCCACCAAAGAGGCUAAGUCCAAGUCAGCAUCUGAGGAUGAACCUGUUACAAAUGAUGGUCUGGAGAAAAAGGUACCGGUGCCGCCAUUAAAAGAAGCCAAACCCUCUGAAGAAGCUGCAAACGAUCAAAGAGCUGGAGUGAAGAAAAAGGCAGGGCCACCGCCGCCGACCCCUCCCAACAAACCCAGCACCAGCAGCUCCUUGAGCAAUCUUACUGAAAUCUCGCCGUCAAUGCCAAAUUCCCACCCUCCCACUCCUCCAGCCAAAGAGAAAAAGCCUCUUAAAACUGCAGCGGAGCUCGAUCAGCAGGUUCAAGCUGCAGCUGAUGAGAAGAAGGAGAAGGAGGAGGAUAGUGGCAGUGAAACAACAGAACCAGCUGUGGAAACAGACGAGUUGAAUUCAGACAAAGUUGAAGACGAUCAACUUGAGAGUGCUGCUGCCAAAGAGAAAGUUUCUGAUGAAGAGACACCUGAGGCAGUAAGCUGUGGAAUAAUAAAGACAUCUGACAAUGACCAACAAGAACCUGCUGCACCACAGGGGAAAAGCCUAAGUCCUCCUCUAAUCUCCAAGAAAAGUUCUGAGGACCAUGUUCCUCCUGCCACGCAGAACAAAACCGACCCCUCAGCUAUAACUAAGCCUGAUGCCCCCUCAGUUGUUGUCUCCUGUAAUGACCCCCUCACUGACAGCCUCAGCCUUCUCUGUCACUUGUCUGGAGAGAAGAAGAAGAAGAAGAAGGCAGAGGAAAAAUCUGUAGACAGUGGUCAGCACUCAGAUGAUGAGAGUGAAGGCUCUGGGUGUGAAGACUCGCUGGCAGCCUCCACAGCUGCACUCCGAGGAAGCAACGUCGCUCUGGACGUGUUGGACGCCUCCGACGACAGCAUCCAGGUCUCUGUUAAUUUAAGACCAUCAGCUGAGCUUCAGGUUAGACCAAACGCUUUCCCCUGUCGGCGGUCGCAGCCACUUCAGAAACCUCCCAAACCCUUAAACAAGCCCAGGUCAGCCUCCAUCGGUGACCUGCUGUCCGAGCCUUCAGACUGUUCUCAGAAACAGCGCGGCAGAGCUGCCGAUAAAAACACACCGGCUCUAAAGGAUGAUGUCACAAACCUGGAGAUUGAAGUGGCUCUGGAGAUGGAAAAAACGAGUGAGCUCCUGAGCAAGGCACAGGGGGAGAGUUGUGGGGAGGACGUGCCUGAGGAUCUGCUGGCUAAAGCCUUGGAAAAGCUGAAGAAGGCUGACAAAGUCCUCAGGGAGGUCAACAAACUGAAACUAACAAAAAACACAAUCGACAGGAUGAGCUGGUGAAUACUGGCUGCAGCAGAAAGACUGAUGGUUAAAGCCUUCACGUGGACAGUGUUUUAGCAGCUGUAGAUUAGGAACCCAGUCCUGUGGAGACUUCGCCUGUUUGAUUUGCACGAGGCCUAAAGAUGAUAAGUGUAAAAGGGUAACAAAAAGUGAUGUGGGUAUUCACAGCGUGCUUCUCCUCUGCAACACAGAGAUCCGUCCUGGUUUAACUCAAAAUGGUUAAAGGAAGAUGCACUUGAUUUUGAUGAAAAAUGUAAACGUUUUCAGUCAAAAUGCAGCUGAUGCUGAAGAAA